AUGUAUUUCUUCAACCAUUUCCGAAAUAAGGAAAGAAGUCUUUAUGACGCCCUGGAACACGAAGACCGCCACACGGACGCCACCACGAAAAAGACCAAAGGUCUUUGUAGUAGUACAACUUUGCCUUGGGGGUUAAGCGCUUUCCUUCUUGUCGCACUGAUUUUUGUUACUGUGAGAACAGAGACUAUCGACAAAAUGUCUGAGCUGGGGACUUAUGAGUUUGGUUUUGUGACAGACAUAGAACCAGCGCGUGCGGCAAUAUCCCUGAAGCGAAAAAAGUUUUACGGAGGAGUCAACAUCGAUAAGCACGGAUCAUACUCAAUUACCAAAGAUCCUAAUAGCACAGACUUUUUUGCGCCCCCAAGUCCAAAGCUUGAUGCUGCAUGGAGGGAAGAGAUGCUGCUAAACGGCACACACGGGUUUUUAAAGUUAACGCCAGACGAAAUAAGGAAUUCUGGUAUCCAAGUCCUGGAUGAAGACCUCAGACAUGGACACUAUGAAAUACAACCAAGUGCCAUACACUCUCUUCAUUGUCUGAAUUAUAUCAGAAAAUCGCUUGCCAGAGAUUACUACACGGAUAUCACUGAUGAGCCUGAGAGACCAUAUCAUAUGAGCCAUCGAAUGCAUCUUGACCACUGCCUGGAAAACAUUCGACAGCAUCUGACGUGUAGCUUCGAUUUAACCUGGACUCUCCUCGCCUGGAGACCAGAAGCCAAGGUAGCCCAUGCAGCUACCGAUCAAUGGCACGUAUGCAGGGAUUUCGAUGCCAUGAUGAGCUGGAUGGCCAACAGGGUCUAG